CAUGCAACAACUCACACAACGUCGACGUUGACUUCAUCUGUCUCAAUGGUGGCUUCCAACGCAGCGGUCGAUGGAAAAUCGAAACCUAGUAGCACUGGACGUAAGAGCGGACUCCCAACGGUACUCUUAAAGAGAAAUCGGCAAACCAAGAGCUUUCGCGACGGAAGCCAGCUCAUUUUUUCUGGAUCGAUCGCGAGGGAGCCAAAAUCUCUUCGACUGGGGGAUCUGGUUCAAAUCGAAGUUCCGGCGGAGAAAAAAAAAGACAGCAAUAACGCGAACGUCCCAACAAUUGUGGUUGGAUGGGGGCUUUACAAUCCUGAAUCACUCUACCGGGUUCGAAUAGUUCUUCAUGGAUUGUUGAACAAAAAGAUGAAAAAAGAAUUCUCAGCUCUGGUAGCUGAGCACGGAGAAGAAGCGGAAUCAAUGAUUUUGAAGCGGAUUUUGUCGAAAAAUUUCCAGAGAUCUCUUCAAACGAGACGGGCACUUGGACUUUCAUCAGAGUCGUCGACCGAUACAUUUCGGCUCGUCAAUGGUGAGGGAGACAGCCUAUCUGGUCUUGCUGUUGAUGUUGUUGGUGGAAAUGUAGCAGUAAUUAUGUCUUCUGCGGCGUGGUGCGAGAUCCACAAAGCGACGAUCUUGGAAUCUUUGCAGCAAAUACUACCAGAACACGAGUUGAUCUGGAAGACAACUCCUUCCAGAUUGAAACAAGAUGGUAUGAUCGUCGAUGAUAAGUUUAGUGAUGAAUAUACUGGGGACAAUAUCGAUGAACCUGUAAUUUGUACAGAAAACGGUAUCAAAUACCAAACAUUCCCACGUCAGAAGGGCCAGAAGACGAGUGUCUAUUGUGAUCAACGCGACAAUAGAUUGAAUUUGGCUCAGCUGUGUUCCGGAAAGCGAGUCUUAGAUCUCUGCUGCUACCACGGAGGAUUUUCUUUAAACGCUGUGAAACAGGGUGCCAAGCUCGCCAUUGGUGUGGAUAGUUCUGGAGAUGCUGUUGAGACCUGCAGAGCCAAUGCCAGUCUGAACAAUUUCGACGACGACACAAUUAGUUACGUGAAGUCUGAUAUUGCGGACUACAUGAAAACCUGUGACGAAAAAUUCGAUGUGGUGGUGCUCGAUCCGCCCAAGUUGGCGCCGAGUGUGAAAGCCUUACAAAGAGCCAGUCGAAAGUAUCAUAGUUUGAAUCGAGAUGCCAUUAAACUCAUUGGCGACGAGGGAGGCCUAUUGAUGACAUGUACGUGCUCGGCAGCUAUGACACAAAAAGAUGGCGGAAAGUUUUUCCUCGAAAUGGUGCAACAAGCGAGUCUUUCAGCGCAGCGCGAGGUAACGCUUUUAAGGGUGAGUGGUGCUGCUCCGUGUCACACUCAAUCGCCUUUCAGCUUCCCGGCAGGAAAUUAUUUGACCGCGGCGCUCUUCAUGGUACAUCCUAUCAACUCUGAUACAAACUAACAAAUAAACAAGUGCAAUGAAU